CGGGCGGAGAGGAAGUCCUGACCGGCCCACUUGCAGCACCUCGGGCAGCCUGGGCCUGCGGCCUCACAUGCUGGGGAGAUGCAGAUCCCAGCCAUGCCCAGCUGUUCCCAGCAGGUCAGCGGACAGGAGAGCUGUGAGUUGGCGUGGUGGCAUCAGCCUCAUGGCGGCUGAGGAGACGCACUGGCCUGUGCCCAUGAAGGCCAUUGGCGCCCAGAACCUGCUGACCAUGCCCGGGGGCGUGGCUAAAGCCGGCUACCUGCACAAGAAGGGCGGCACUCAGCUGCAGCUUCUGAAAUGGCCCCUGCGUUUUGUCAUCAUCCACAAGCGAUGCAUCUAUUACUUCAAGAGCAGCACCUCAGCCUCCCCCCAGGGCGCCUUCUCACUCAGUGGCUACAACCGGGUGAUGCGGGCGGCCGAGGAGACUACGUCCAACAACGUCUUCCCUUUCAAGAUCAUACACAUCAGUAAGAAGCACCGCACCUGGUUCUUCUCAGCCUCCUCGGAGGAUGAACGCAAGAGCUGGAUGGCCUUGCUGCGUCGGGAGAUUGGUCACUUCCACGAGAGGAAGGAGCUGCCCCUGGACGCCAGCGACUCCAGCUCAGACACAGACAGCUUCUAUGGUGUCGUGGAGCGGCCUGUGGACAUUAGCCUCUCGUCAUACCCCACGGACAAUGAGGACUACGAACGGGACGACGAGGAUGACUCCUACAUGGAGCCUGACUCCCCUGAGCCCGCGAGGCUGGAGGACCUGACCUGCCCACCUGCCUACCCACCACCGCCUGUACCCACGUCCAGGAAGCCAGCCUUCUCCGACUUGCCGCGUGCCCACUCUUUCACCUCUAAGGGUUCAAGCCCCCUGAUACCACCGCCACCCCCGAAGCGUGGCCUCCCAGACUCUGGCCCAGCCCUGGAGGACUCUAAGAGGGACCCGCUGGGCCCAAAGAGGGCUGAGCCCGGCCUCAGGGUGCCCGCUCCCUCCCGGAGGAUGAGUGACCCCCCUGCAGGCACUGCACCCCCUGUGCCCAACCUUCGGAAACCUCCCUGCUUACGGGAGAACGCCGGCCCCAGCCCGGAGCCCUGGGCCCCCAGUCAUGGUGUCAGCCCUGCAGCCUUGGCCGCUGCUGCCGCCACCUCCAGGAACUGUGACAAACUCAAGUCCUUCCACCUGUCUGCCCGGGGGCCACCCACCUCAGAGCCCCCACCGGUCCCCACCAACAAGCCCAAGUUCCUGAAGACAGUGGAGGUGGCCCCGCCAGGGCAGGUAGCCAGGCCUGGACUCUUCGCGCCCCCAGUGGCUCCCAGGCCUCCUGCGCUGAAGCUGCCCAUGCCUGAGGUCACCGCCCGGCCCACAGUGCUGCCCAGGCCAGAGAAGCCAGCGCUUCCGUGCCUCCAGAGGUCGCCCCCCGACGGGCAGAGUUUCAGGAGUUUCUCCUUUGAAAAGCCCCGGCUGCCCUCCCCAGCUGGCACGGAAGGGGUGGACUCGGACGAGGACUACGAGAAGGUACCACUGCCCAGCUCGGUCUUCAUCAACACCACAGAAUCCUGUGAGGUCGAAAGGCUGUUCAAAACCACAAGCCCCCAGGGAGUGCCCCAGGACGGCCUGUACGGCAUCCGGAACUCCUCCACCAAGUCGGGGAAGGUCCUGGUCGUGUGGGACGAAACCUCUAACAAAGUGAGGAACUACCGCAUCUUCGAGAAGGACUCCAAGUUCUACCUGGAGGGUGAGGUCCUGUUUGUCAGCAUCGGCAGCCUGGUGGAACACUACUACAGACAUGUACUCCCUGGCCACCAGAGCCUGCUGCUGCGGCACCCCUACGGCUACGCCGCACCCAGGUGACACCUGCCCUCGUGGCUCCUGGACAGAGGCGGCCAAGUCUACCACGACCCCGGGAUACAAAGGUGGAGACUGUCUGAGUAGGAGGAAGAGCUGCCGCAAGCAAGGGCCAGGCUUAAUCCGGGGCUUCUUCGUGCAGUUGGGCCUGACCCUGCUCAGCGGCUGCAGAGGACUGGAGGACUCCCUCCCUGCCUCGGUCCUGCAUGGUUGCACCCUCCAGCACCAAGCCCUGCCUGACCUUCACAGACAGGAGCCGGGGCUGGGAGCUGGGCAGGGCUGGGGCUGACCUGAGGGCCCCACUGGAACACUAAGAUGCAGGCUCUGGGAGGAGCUAAAUAAAUCAGAGGUGACUUU